CUGGGGCGGCGAUAAAGCUAACCCAGCCAGGCAUUUAAAACAUAGGGAAUGGAUUUCCGGCAGCUCUGGAGAGGAGACAGUAUCUGAACCCAGAGCCAAACUCACUGGGCAAAUAACAUGCUGCGUGUGCCUAAUCAAAGCUACAUGAGGGGCGAGUCAGUCCCUGCGGCUUUCGAUAUGUCUAGAUUAGUGUCUUCUCAUCUGUAGGACCGGUCACCAACCUCGGCCUACCCAGCCUCUGACUCACCCCACUAGCGGCCAAAUAACUGGAAUUCUACACCACCCCUAAGCUCUUUCCCCUCCUCUGGUGGUUGCUGGGAAAUCCCUACCAAAGACAAACCGAAAGCUCACGAAGGGUCACUAGAUGGGAGCCCAGACUUGGAACUUGUUUCUUAGGAGGCACACUCAGCAUUCCUAAUACCAGACAGAAUAACAGCCACCUCUUCAAGGUUCCGUUUCUUUUCGGAGAGCCAUGGCUCCAAAACGGAAAUCUUCCAUGCAAACCGAGGGCUCCAAGAAGCAACGACAGGGCACAGGGGAGGAAGGCAGCUUCCGGUCCACUGCCGAGGCUCUCAGAGCAGCUCCUGCUGGUAAUCGCAUCAUCCGUGUGGAUCCCCCAUGUCCACUCAGCGGGAACCCCGGAAUUCAGGUCCACGAGGACUACGACUGUACCCUGAACCAGACCAACAUCGGUAACAACAAUAAUAAGUUUUACAUCAUCCAGCUGCUGGAGGAGGGCGGUCGCUUCUCCUGCUGGAAUCGCUGGGGCCGAGUGGGAGAGGUGGGCCAGAGCAAGAUGAACCACUUCGGCUGCCUGGAAGAUGCAAAGAAGGACUUUAAGAAGAAAUUUUGGGAGAAGACUAAAAACAAAUGGGAGGAGAGAGACCAUUUCGUGGCCCAUCCCAACAAGUACACACUUAUAGAAGUUCAGGGAGAAGCAGAGACCCAAGAGGCUGUAGUGAAGGCCUUAUCUCCCCAGGUGGACGGCCCAGUGAGGACUGUGUUUAAGCCCUGCUCCCUAGACCCUGCCACCCAGAAACUCAUCACCAACAUCUUCAGCAAAGAGAUGUUCAAGAACGCUAUGACCCUCAUGAACCUGGAUGUGAAGAAGAUGCCCUUGGGAAAGUUGAGCAAACAGCAGAUUGCUCGUGGCUUCGAGGCCUUGGAAGCUCUAGAGGAGGCCAUGAAAAACCCCACAGGGGACGGCCAGAGCCUGGAAGAGCUGUCCUCCUGUUUCUACACUGUCAUCCCACACAACUUCGGCCGUAGCCGACCUCCACCCAUCAACUCCCCUGACAUUCUUCAGGCCAAGAAGGACAUGUUGCUGGUGCUAGCGGACAUCGAGCUGGCGCAGACCUUGCAGGCAGCCCCUGGUGAGGAGGAGAAAGUAGAAGAGGUACCCCAUCCACUGGAUCGAGACUACCAGCUCCUCAAGUGCCAGCUUCAACUGCUGGACCCUGGGGAGUCCGAGUACAAGGCCAUACAGACCUACUUAGAACAGACUGGCAACGGCUACAGACGCCCAGACCUGCAGCAUGUUUGGAAAGUGAACCGAGAAGGGGAGGGAGACAGGUUCCAGGCCCACUCCAAACUGGGCAAUCGGAGGCUGCUGUGGCAUGGCACCAACGUGGCCGUGGUGGCUGCCAUACUGACCAGUGGGCUCAGAAUCAUGCCGCAUUCAGGUGGUCGUGUUGGCAAGGGUAUCUAUUUUGCCUCGGAGAACAGCAAGUCAGCUAGCUAUGUUACUGCCAUGCGCUGUGGGAGCCACCAGGUGGGCUACAUGUUCCUGGGCGAGGUGGCCCUCGGCAAAGUGCACCACAUCACCAUGGAUGAUCCCAGCUUGAAGAGUCCACCCCCUGGCUUUGACAGCGUCAUCGCCCGAGGCCAAACAGAGCCUGAUCCAGCCCAGGACAUUGAACUACAGCUGGAUGGGCAGCCCGUGGUGGUGCCUCAAGGCCGACCUGUGGCAUGCCCAUCCUUCAAAAGCUCCAGCUUCAGCCAGAGUGAGUACCUCAUCUACAAGGAGAGCCAGUGCCGUCUGCGCUACCUGCUGGAGAUUCACCUCUGAGCUGCUUGCCCUCCCCAGGUCCUGCCCUGGCGGGCCACGAUCUUCACCCUCCUCUCUCUGACUCUCAUAUCAUAUCACUUUGUCUGCCUCCCAAGAAUACAGCAUGUGCCAGGCACACUGGCACACACCCGUAGCCUCAGCUACUUGGGGCGGAGGCAAGAAAAACACUUUACCCUGAGAUUUGGAGUCCAGCCUAGGCUACACAGUAAGACAUGUCUCAAAAAAAAUUACAACGGUUAAGAGCCCUGACUGCUCUUCCAGAGGUCCUGAGUUCAGUUCCCAGCAACCACAUGGUGGCUCACAGCCAUCUGUAAUGGGUCUGAUGCCCUCUUCUGGUGUGUCUGAGGACAGCAACAUUGUACUCACAUAUAAUAAAUAAAUAAAUCUUUAAAAAGAAUCACA